AUGCCCGCUCCUACCCAAGACGAGGCCGGCGGCUCGCAGCCGAUGUGCCGGCUCAGGGUGCAGAUCCUCUCGGCCCGGGGCCUGGCGGCAAAGGACCGCAACGGCAAGUCCGAUCCCUUUGUCGUCGUCAGCCUUCCCGGCACCGCCGAAAGCUCCCACCAGACCGCCGUCAAGCCAAAGACGCUCGACCCCGUGUGGAAGGACAGGGAGGCCACCUUUGAGUACGACGUCGUCCCGGAAUGGUUCGGCCCGCACCUCGAUACGGUCGCCGUCGACGGCGUCGACCCCGACGUUGUCCAGGCCAUCCUGGCCGACGCCGUGACGCCCGCAUCGUCCGCUGCCGCACAGGGCGCCGCCCCGAUUGCCAAGGGCGCAAGGCCCAGGUCGAUGCUCUCCUCGGCAUCGGCCCGCAAGAUCGGCGGAGCGGCGACCAAGAUCCUGUCUGCGCCCGUCAAGUUCGGAGCGGCCGGUGCCAAGGCCGUCGGCCGCGGCGUCCCCCGGCCCAUGAAGCUCCGCCGCAGGCUGAGCGGGCUCUCGACGCCGUCCCGAGCCGGCAGCGGCCAGGGCGCAGAGGCGCUCGUGGCGGCCGCCACCAUGCUCGCAGGCAAGCCACCGCGCGGCUCGAUCCAACUUGACGAGGCCAACGCCACCGUCAGCUCCCUCGAGUUUGUGCUGUGGGACAAGGACCGCUUCUCGGGCGACGACUACCUGGGCGAGUGCUCGCUCCUGGUGCGCGAGUGGUGCCCCAACGGCGAGGCCGACUGGGACAAGGUCAGCCCGAUCUGGCUACCCGUCGCAUCUUCGCGCCCGGACUCUGAAGCCACUGGCGAGGUCCAGGUCAAGAUCGGCUUCCUCGAGGUUACGAAGCAGGCUCGUCCCGCCGCCGCCGGCAGCGCGAGCUCUUCGUCGUCGUCGGAUCCGUACACCUGGUCGACAAAGGAAAUUUACCAGCGGCUCGCGCUGGCUUCGCUCGGCAGCGAGGCCUCGGCGGUCCGCGCCGUUCCCGCCUCUCAGUCUGUCGGCACCGCCGGCCCAACCGACGACUUCCUCGACGAUGGCCUCAGCAGCGACACUGACGACGAUGACGACGAUGACGAUGAAGACGACGACGACGGCUCGACGAGCGUGUCCGGCUCCGAGGGCGAUGACGACGACGAAGAUGGCACCUCGCUCUCGGACACCGACGACGAGGCCAUGUACAACGAGCACUACUCGUCAAUCGCGGGCGUCCCGGACGGUGCUGGCGCGACGACGCCGUCGUCGGAGCAAGCCGCUGCGGCAGCUGCUGCUGUGCCGCCACCGCAGCAGGGCGGCCGCUAUCGCCGCAUCUUUUCGCGGCGCAAGACGGGCGAGCUGUCAAAGGCCUCGUCGGGCGCAUCAACCCCGAGCCUGUCCGGAUCCGGGGCGCCCAGCUCGAUGACGACGCCCGCCGGCGAAGGGGCGGUCGAAGGUGGUCUGACGGGCGACAGCGGCGAGAAGCGCCGCCGCAAGAUCCGGGGCGUCAAGGGUGUCAAGGGCGUCGGGCGGAGGAGGCGCAAGACGAGCCAGAACCUCUCGACCGCCGCCGACGCUGGCGAGGCCAAGGGCCGCCGGAAGCGAAGGCGGGCCCGCGACGACCGCAAGAAGCGCGACUACUCGUUCAAGGCCGAGAUGGGCAUGGACAUCAUCGGCAUCGUCAUGAUGGAGGUCAAGAAGGCGUCGGACUUGCCGAGGUGGAAGAACAUGACCCACACGUCGUUCGACAUGGACCCGUUCACCAUCGUCAGCUUUGGCCAGAAGGUGUUCCGCACCAAGGUGGCACGGCACACCCUCAACCCGGUGUGGAACGAGAAGCUCCUCUUCCACGUCCGCCGCCACGAGACCAACUUCCAGACAAAGUUCCAGAUUUAUGACUGGGACAAGAUGUCGUCCAACGACUACGUCGGCGGCGCGUCGAUCGACGUGGCCGAGCUGAUUGAGCUGGCGCCCAAGCCGAAUCCGGCCACGGGCCUCUACGAUGCCGGCGAGGACGGCCUGCACAGCAUGAAGGAGUUCCACCUGCCGCUGACCCGGCUGGAGAGGGACGAGGACGUCAAGUUCAAGGGCACCAAGAAGAACCCUAGCCUGCUGGUCGAGGCCAAGUUCACGCCGUACGACGCGCUGCGCCAGCGCUUCUGGCGCCAGCUGGCGCUGCAGUACGACACCAACGACAGCAACACGCUGUCGCUGCUCGAGCUGACGAGCAUGCUCGACAGCCUCGGCAGCACGCUGACGACGGCGACCGUCGAGGGCUUUUUCCACGCCAACGGCAAGAGCCCCGACGACGACGAGCUGACGUUUGACGAGGUCAUCCGCGCGCUCGAGGACGAGAUCCGCAAGCCGUGGGUCCAGAAGCGGCGCAUCGCCGAGGGCGGCCUCGAGAGCGGCGCCCAGACGCCCGGGUCGCUCGGCUACGUCGCCAACAUCGGCGCAGAAAACAACCGCGACCUCGACAUGACCGGAGCCAACGCCGCCGUCGCCGGCGGAAACGAGACGGUGGAGCGCGACGGCUACUUUACCAAGGCCGACAGCGAGGUUCGGGCUCCCGUACCUCCUAGCGCACAGUCGGCCGUCGUCGGCCUCGCGUCGGAGCCCACCAGCAAGCCGAUCCCGGACCUGGCGCCCCCUCGCAGCAGCGAUCAGCAAAGCGGCGGUGCCGGACAGAUCCAGCGCGACAUGUCGGGCCUUUCGCUGACAUCUCAGACGUCGUCGGCGUCGUCGUCGUCGGCGUCGGCGGCGCCUGCAGGGGUGCGCCUGACCAAGCCGCGCCCGGCGUCAUCGUCGUCGAGCUCGGACCCGGCGACGCCGUCUCCGCCGGCGCUCAAGGUCGAGGGCACCCCCGUCAACGACGACGACGCGAGCUCGUCGGUCGAGCGCGUGAUCCGCCUCAAGUCGUGUCCGCUGUGCCACAUGCCGCGGCUAUCGAAGAAGGGCGAGGUCGACAUUGUCACGCACCUGGCCGUGUGCGCGUCGCAGGACUGGCGCCGCGUCGACAGCCUGGCCGUGACCAACUUUGUCACUGCCAACCAGGCUCACCGCAAGUGGUACACCAAGGUGGUCAACAAGAUCAGCCAGGGCAACUACUCGCUCGGCGCCAACAGCGCCAACAUCAUUGUCCAGGACCGCCAGAGCGGCGAGCUGAUGGAGGAAAAGAUGCAGGUCUACGUGCGGCUGGGCAUCCGCCUGCUGUACAAGGGCGCGCGGUCGCGCAUGGAGGGCGCGCGGAUCAAGAAGAUGCUGAAGAACAUGAGCGUCAAGCAGGGCAUCAAGUUUGACAGCCCCAGCAGCGCGCGCGAGAUUGCGCCCUUCAUCGCCUUCCACAACCUCGACCUCGACGAGGUGCGCGACCCCCUGGACAGCUUCAAGACGUUCAACGAGUUCUUCUACCGCAAGCUCAAGCCCGACGCCCGGCCCAACUCGGAGCCCGGCAACGCGCGCCGGCUCGUCAGCGGCGCAGACUGCCGCAUGAUGGCGUUUGAGAGCGUCCAGGAGGCGACGCGCAUCUGGAUCAAGGGGCGCGAUUUCACCGUGGGCCGGCUGCUCGGCGAUGCCGCCAAGGACGAGCCGCGACUCGACGCCUACCAGAACGGCGGCUCGGUGGCCAUCUUCCGCCUGGCGCCGCAGGACUACCACCGCUUCCACUGCCCCGCCGACGCCACCGUGGGCAAGGUGACGUGGAUCGAGGGCCAGUACUACACCGUCAACCCCAUGGCCAUCCGCUCGGCCAUCGACGUCUACGGCGAAAACGUGCGCGCCGUCGUCCCGCUCCACUCGGCCGAGUUCGGCACCAUCUACGCCGUCUGCAUCGGCGCCAUGAUGGUCGGCAGCACGGUGCUCACCGUCAGCGAGGGCGACCGCGUCCAGCGCGGCCAGGAGUUUGGCUACUUCAAGUUUGGCGGGUCGACGAUUGUCCUCGUCUUUGAGAGCGGCCGCAUGGUCUUCGACGACGACAUCCUCGACAAUUCGCGCGCCGCCAUCGAGACCCUCGUCCGCGUCGGGAUGGGCAUCGGCCGCGCCGUCGACGAGCGGAGCAGCCCUGGACCUUGA